GAAGAAAUGGAGGACUAGUUUUUAUCAAAGCGAGACAGAGAAGGAGAGUUUAAGUGAAGAAGAAGAGAAAACAAGCUCCGGGUGCUAAGUCCACGCGACGACUGUCAACGUUUGAUAUCAAUAGUUUCGUUCAUUUUUUUCCCUCCGCCGUUGUCUGUUUUUUGUCGGACUUUCAAACACUUCUCAAAGUUUUUGUUUUGACGCAAAGACAGGUUGGUGCAGACUGUAGUCGUGUCAGUUUGGUGUCCCAGUUUGGAGGCAGGCUGUCCCGGGACGGACGCACACAUCUGUAAUAACAGAUACCGUCAAAGCGACACAGAUACAAGCCCCGGGGGAGGAGGACUGAGCGUGUCACCAUGCCUGUGCGCCAAAAAGAUGCACAGCGAGCCCUGGAGCUUCUCCAGCAGUACCGGACCAAACUUGACCAGAGACAGCAGCACCAGAGGCGGACCAAACAGGGCCCUGUGGAGGAAGACUCCCAGCUGCAGCAGUCUCUGGACAGAGUCAUCAAUGUCUUCCAGAGUCAGCUCUUUAGUGCUCUGCUUGACAUUCAGGAGUACUACGAGUUGACCAUCCUUGCUGAUAGCAAGAGUUUGGUGGACCAGACACAUGUUCCACAGAGCCCCCCUGCCUCCUAUAACCUGCCAGUAGAGCUCUCAGCCCAGCAGCAGCCCCACUCUGUUCCCCUGAGCCCACAGGCUUCUGGAGGGUCACCCCAGCCAAAACCCCUGACCCCUAGACCCAAGUCAGUCAAGUCCCAUGCUGCUCCACUCCCAUCCGGGACUCCUGCAGCAAAGCCAUCUUCCCCUACAUCACAGCCCAUUGCACCUGACUUACAGCCAGCAAAGGUCAAGUACCGUGCUCCUCUGCCUCCUGUCGAUCCUGGAGCCUCCAAAUUACUGGCAUUGGAGACUUCUUUGCCCGCCUCUCCCUCUUCUCCCAUAUCCCCCGCAGUCACACUGAAUGGUGUAGAAACCCCCACUGGCUCCAUAAAAACACCUCCUGGAGCUUCACUGAAUGGAGCAAAGCCACGCCUUACUGCAACCAACUCCAAUAUUUCUUCAGGAAGCUCCACCACUUCUGCUAAUCCACACAGCGACUCUCCAGAUCUCAACCUGGUGACUGUCUCAGCCCUCGUCUCCAGCACCAUCCAAGGCUUAGUGUCUCCAACCACUCCGAGCAAACUUACCCCCACCAGUAACACUCCUAUCACCAGCCCCGGAUUCAACAGAGUCACAGAUGCUAGUCCGGUCUCUACAGCUCUUGAAACCAACAGGGACCAAGACUUGGGCAAAGUGACUCCCAGCAUGAGUCCAACCAGCCCCAACCAGGGAAAAUUUACCUUCAGCAGCCGCAGCCCCACAGGUCCUCCAGGGCCUUUGACUAAAGGGCCAGGUCUGAGUCCAACCAGCCCCGGGCCACCGAAAGUCACCUCCACUAGCCCUAUCUAUGGUCCAGCCAGCCCCAGGCCUGUGACAAGUCCACUGACCCCCAACAAGGCCAACCCCCCUCCAGUGGUGGUCAACACCGACAGCGUCGACACCCCCCCAUAUGUCAAUGGAACAGAAGCAGACUAUGAGUAUGAGGAAAUCACGCUGGAGCGGGGUAACUCAGGUCUGGGGUUCAGUAUCGCAGGAGGGACUGAUAACCCUCACAUUGGAGAAGACCCUUCUAUCUUCAUCACCAAGAUUAUACCUGGAGGGGCCGCAGCCCAGAAUGGACGACUCAGGGUGAAUGACUGUAUAGUCCGUGUAAAUGAGACAGACGUCAGGGACGUGACCCACAGCGGGGCUGUGGAGGCGCUAAAGGAGGCAGGAGGUUUGGUGCGACUAUGUAUACGACGCAGGAGGAGCCUCACCGAGAGAAUCAUGGAUAUCAAGCUGGUCAAAGGGCCCAAAGGUUUAGGAUUCAGUAUAGCAGGUGGAGUCGGAAACCAACAUGUCCCAGGCGACAACAGUAUCUACGUGACUAAGAUCAUCGAGGGAGGGGCUGCACACAAAGACGGACGGCUACAGAUAGGGGACAAACUUGUGGCUGUAAACGCCUCCUGUUUGGAGGAGGUGACUCAUGAGGAAGCAGUGGCUGCCCUGAAGUCCACUCCUGACGUUGUUUACCUCCGCGUGGCCAAACACACCUCCCUUUUUAUCAAUGACAACUUCCCUCCCCCCGACGUCACUAAUUCGUACUCCCCACAUCAAGACAACCAUAUAAGCCCCUACAUGAGCGGCAGCCAGUCUGUAAGCCCCGCCCCUCUGACCACACCCAGAUACUCACCUCUGCCCAGGGCCAUGACUGGAGACGAUGACAUCCCCAGAGAACCCAGGCGGGUGGUGCUCCAGCGAGGGUCAACAGGUCUUGGUUUUAACAUUGUUGGAGGGGAGGAUGGAGAGGGAAUCUUCAUCUCCUUCAUUCUUGCCGGAGGUCCGGCUGAUCUCUGUGGAGAGCUACGAAAGGGAGACCGCAUUCUGUCGGUGAACGGUGUGGAUCUGUCCAGUGCAACACAUGAGCAGGCAGCAGCAGCUCUGAAGAACGCAGGACAGACCGUUACCAUAGUAGCGCAGUACAGACCUGAGGAGUACAGUCGUUUCGAGGCGAAGAUCCAUGACCUGAGGGAACAGAUGAUGACCAGCAGUGUCAGCUCCAGCUCCACAUCGCUCCGCUCCACACAGAAACGCACACUUUACGUCAGAGCGUUGUUUGACUACGAUGGAAGUGCGUCAGAUCUGAGCGCGCCCAAUCAGGCCCUGCCAUUUCAUUUCGGGGAUGUCCUGCAUGUUAGCAGCGCCAGCGAAGAGGAAUGGUGGCCCGCCCGUCACCUCAGCCCCCCGCCUCCAAACUGCCCUGAAGUCGGAGUCAUCCCCAGCCGCAGGAGGGCAGAGAAGAAGGAGAGGUCGAGGUUAAAGACGGUCAGAGUGACAAGGUCUCAGGACAGAUCGGAUCAGGAUGAUAAAGAGCUGGUAACCUCUGGCACCAGCGAUAGUGAGAGUAGUUCCUCUGGCCAAGAGGAGACCCUCCUCACCUACCAACCUGUCAUGCAGCAGGAAGUUAAUUACACGCGGCCAGUCAUUGUGCUUGGACCAAUGAAAGAUCGGGUCAAUGAUGACCUCAUCUCAGAGUUCCCUGACAAGUUUGGCUCCUGUGUCCCACACACAACGCGGCCGCGGCGAGACUACGAGGUAGACGGCAGAGAUUACCACUUCAUGUCCUCCAGAGAACUCAUGGAGCGAGAGAUUCAGGAACAUAAGUUCAUAGAGGCUGGACAGUACAACAACCACCUGUAUGGAACCAGCAUACAGUCUGUCAAAGAAGUCGCUGACAAGGGUAAACACUGUAUACUGGAUGUAUCAGGGAAUGCGAUAAAGCGUCUCCAGUUGGCAGGCCUCCAUCCCAUCGCUAUCUUCAUUAGACCACGCAACGUUGAUAACAUCCUAGAGAUGAACAAGCGUUUCACUGAGGAGCAGGCGAGGAAGACCUUCGACAGAGCUGUCAAACUGGAGCAGGAGUUCACAGAGUUCUUUACCGCUAUCGUCCAAGGCUCAUCUCUAGAGGAAGUGUACUCGCAGGUGAAGCAGAUCAUUGAGGAGCAGUCUGGUCCUUACAUCUGGGUGCCCACCAAGGAGCGACUCUGAAUAAACAUACUAUAUGAUCACACACAUCACUCCUUCAACACUUCCUACAUCUCUAAUUUUCUAUUAUCAGCCUGCUUCCUCUUUCUCUUGUACACACAUUACCACACACACACACACACACACACAGUCACACACGCACACACACACAUUUACACAAGCACAUAAAGUCGGACGAGGCUGGGACUAUCUGGGACUGCGACUUCCUGAAGUGGGAGGGGCUAAUGUCUGUCCAGCAGCCUAUUGGUGGAUCUUCCUACAGCUCAGUUCCUUAAUGUUUAAGGAGGUGGUUCAAAUCAAGGCGACACGUACCAUUAUCUGAUUUGAUUUCAUUAUUGUUCUUCUUAUUGUUGUUGUCGUUGUUGUUUUCAUAUUAACGAAGGGUAAUGCAUUCAUGUAUGGGUUUGUAAUGAUAAUAUUGUCACCAAGAGGCAGACUUUUGCACGCUGUAGCUUUAAGAGCAUGUUUUUGGGACAAAAUCUUGAUCUCCCUCCCAGUCUGUCUGUCUGUCUGUCUUUCCUCACGGCAUUGCUCCCGUUUAGUCUUUUUCUAUCUUUCUCUCAUAUCUCAUCCUUUCCUCCUCCUUUCCCAUUUAGACUACAGACUAUAGGUAUGAGGUGAAAACUUAACGUGCCCCAGCAUUUUGGUAUCAAGGGCCAAAAUAAUAGUUUAAUAAACAAUUAUUGUUGAGAGACGUAGCACCAAAAUAGUCAUAUGUAAGACGGGAAUUCUAUGAUUGAGACUCUUGUUGAUAUUAUUGUAACAAGCAGAAAUUCUCAAUCAGAACUCAAGUAGAAAUCUAAAUUAGAUAGCUUUAAAAUAAAUAAAGUACAAAGCCUCAUAAAGUUUUUUGAGUCCAUUUGGAGCCCUGAGCCUGUAAUUCUCAAAUUUCUGAAAAUAAUGUUAGGUUCUUUGCAAAAGGUAAAGUUUAAGACAUCAUUAUCAAGCGUCUCACUCUUAUUUACAGCAAAGAAAAGAGCAGCUAUCAAGUGAUCAUAUGAUUAAAUAGACAUAUGCUCAAAGUCUUAACAGCCAAUCAGAGAUAAGGAUUUGCUGAACAGCUUCCCUAUUCAUUGUUUUUAAAAAUACUUGCAUUUCAGUCAUUGGUAUGUUAUUCUGCAGAGACUUGUCAUUUUAAUUAUUAAAAAGUUAUUUUUAUUUGUGUGAAAUCCUCAAUAUAUCCAGGUGAAAUGAACAGCAAUUAAUUAAGGGAUGGGAAUGAAGAACUGGUUCAAAUUAAGGACCAGUUCCAACUUGUCUGAUCUAUCAGAAUCGUAAGCCUUUGAGCUUAUUAAUUCAGUGCUGACAUGUUUUUCAUCAAACUUGUUUCUGCGUUGCUGGAAACAUGCAACAAAGAGGAGUCAUGGCGGAGAGGGAGAAACAGUCCAAAAUGUGGCUUGAUUUCACGAAGACAGACGACAACAGUGCUGCUGUAAUUUCUGUAUUAUUAUUAUUAUUAUUAUUAUUAUUAUUUCAAGGAAAUAAAGGGUGGAAACACCUGCAGCAUGCUGAAACAUCUGUCUACAUAACAUGGGAUUAAAUUCUAGAAAUGCAAUGUAUUUGAGACUCUACACACAAGUGCCACUGGUUCCCAACCAAGAAACACGUCUGUUGUAAUCAAUAAAAAAUCAGCAGAAUUGAUAAUGGUGUUGCUAUUAAUAGAAUCGUAUCAAAUCCCAUCCCUAAAUCAAUACAUUUAGAAUGUAUGAAUAUACAAAUAUGGAUUAAAUAACUGGCUAAAAUGUAAACAAAAGGAAAACCAAACAGCAGCAGGAAAGACAUCUUGCUGUUGGUACACCAGAGAUAACAAGUGUAAUUUAGUGCCACGUUGACAAGUACAGAUAAUGAAGAUGCAUGGAAGGUAACUGCAAACAAAAUCAGUGACAGGUUUAUCUUUGUUGUUUGCAUCCUAAUAAACACAGAAACAAAGACGAAAACAUGGCGUAGAAUUCUAUUACAUGUUUAAAUCCAAUGCAGAUAAUACAUGUAAAUUCCCCAGUUGGGGAGUAUCAUAUGUCAAAGGAAAUUUGAUAAUAGUUUUCAUAACUGAAAAAAGUGAAGGUUUUUAAGUCUAAUAUUUUAUUUUAAGCUGUUUGAUAAAUACGGGCUCAGAUCCUCUGUUAAAAAAAAAAAAAUCUAUUACGCAAGUCUUUGUCCAACAUGGGCUUCUCUGCCUCCUCUCCCCCUCUUCUUCCUCUUCGUCCUCUCUGUCUCAUGCCUUCAUCUCUCUCCUCCUCUCGUUCUCCACAUUCACACUGUGACAUUAGUCGAGCACUCCGGCAUCAAACAGUGUAUCAUCUUCUUCAUCAACACUAUCAUCGCGAUCAUAAUCAUCAGCAUCAUCGUUAUAGCUUUCCUUCUUACUGUAGAUGCACUAAUGAGGGCUGGUUUCUUAAAAGCAUCUUAGAGUGACAGAAUGGAUCCCAGUGUUUCGGGUAUUUGGAUGUGUGAUAUACUUACUUUUCUUUAAGCUGUCAGUGAUUAUUAUGCUGGUUUCAGAGAGGUCCGGGAACUCUUUAUGGUCAUAUGCGGUAUGUCAUGCUACUGUUGCAUAGGUAAAGACAUCAGGUGAACUCCUCUGGUAAAUGCUAUUGUAAAGACUAACUAAUCAACAACAUUAGCUCUUUUUGUUACAGUUUUUUUUUGUCAUGCUGGAUUUACAAGUUUGAGCCUUUAGUCCCAGUGUGCAUGAAUAACACCUGAAUCUGCUCCAUUUGUGACCUUAGUGCUCCGGAUGCCACUCCAUAGAUACAGGCACAUGGUGGACAAUCAAAGCGUUAUAUUUUUACCUGUUAUCCAGCAGUGGGUGUGUUGUAAAUGAUCAUGCAGGUGUCUACGGUCUGCCCAGAGAGAUCCAGUUUACUAUUCUUUAUUUCUUUAUUUUGGAAGCACCAUUUCUGGCUUUAUAGGCGACACAGCAACUUUACAGUGCUUGCUCUGUCAUUCACAUGACCCUUGAUUUGCACAUCUGUUGACUGAGGUGAACACAAGUCACAGAAUAUUUUAAGCUUUACUUGAACAGAACAUAAAAGAGAGAAAUCAAAUCCCAUCAUAUUGUAUUUACAUGUGCUUAACUGUUUUAGUAGCCUGAAUAUUACUAUGUGUUUUUUCAAGUGGGCCCCUGUUUAGUUUGAACCAUGCAUGAGCACAAGGGCAGCAUUAUUCACAUUUUGCCACACUGUGCUAUGGCGCUGAUUGUCUGUGGGGAAAAAAAACAUUUAAAGAUCGAGUGUGUAGGAUUUACGGGCAUCUAAAGGCUGAGGUUGCAGAUUGCAACCAACUGUAACCAGUGUCCCACGCAUGCAGGAGAACAAGGUGGCCGACGCAAACAAUGUGAACCUAUCUAGAGCUCGUGUUGGUUUGUCCAUUCUGGGCUACUGUAGAAACAUGAUGGUGCAACAUGAGUGGAUUCCAUGGACAAGUACCUGCUCCUUAUGGCUCAUUAGUUAGUUCAAGCUAAUUAAAAGGUAUUUUCAGGUGAUUAUACACUAAAGAAAACAUACUCAUAUUCUUUUUCUGCCACUAUAUCCCCCUAAAUCCUACACACUGCACCUUUAAAUGUUGGUUUAGCUGUGGGCAAACAUUUUAACUUUAUGGGCAGAUAGUUAAAAUAUGUUGCAUCACAAAAAUACCAUUGAAAUCUCAACUGUCAGCUGGAUAGCAGGUAAAAAAUAACAAUUUGGCUUUCCCCUUAAAGCAACUAUAUUCAAUAUUUUUAUAACAAUGUAUGAAAUGACAAUGUGAAAACAAUGUGACAAUGUGAACAGAGAAUUAUCAGCCAAAUCUACAGCUAACCUCGGCUUUACAGAGCUUCAUACCAAGUUUUCAGUUCAUUGCUUAGCUGGUUUACUCUCAGCACUAACAGUGUUGGUUUUGGAUGCAGCAGGCAGCUGUUUUCAGUUUAAAAUUUAUAAAAUCCCACUGUACGCUGCCUGCUCAGCCUGCUCAGACAUAGUGAGCGACUAACUGGUAAAUAUAGUGGAGCAUUUAGCAGCUAAAGAGCCAGAUGUUUUGUUCAGGUGUUGGUGGAGACCAAGAACAGAGCUAGAAGAGAGUGAAGUCACAAAUGGGGCUUACCUGAAACAUGACCUCUGGUGUCGAGUGUGACAUUUGAAAUAUCGAGAUGCUUUUGGUAACACAGCCCCUGUAUGGACCUUGUCAGCCACCCACUUCCCAUCUCCAUCCUCAACCCCCGAGGCGAAUCCUCCAAGCUGACUGGAGACCAGAGACACACAGAAAGACCGUUCUGUCAACAGAGUAGCUCUUAGAUCCAAAUAAUAAAUAGUUUUGACCAUACGUGUUUUGAAAGCUUUAAUAUUUCCUCACAGAAUGUCCAGCUAAAUUAUUUCUUUCCAUCUAUAAUCCUCUAUGAAUCCUGUAAACCAGUGUUGUUGUCAGUUGACAGAACCGGCCUCUCUGUGUGACUCUGGCUGUGUGUUUUAGCCAGGGGACCAUGCCACUGUCUGUUAGAGUAAAGCACCGAUGCAAAGAAUCUAUUACAGAGAUGGAUCUACAGUAUAUCUAACAUAUUAUAAUAUUUAUCCCUGCUCUAACUGCCUAUUUUGGUACAAAAAAAAAUAAAAGUCUUUAUUGAGAUUUACUGAAAUCCCUCGACCGAUAACCACAGAUGAUUAUUCUUUUUGCAUUGUGGAAUGUGUAUGAAUGUGAAUAUGAUAUAAUACCUGCAAAUAUGAAUAUAUUUUCCUUUAUUUCACCUCUACUGCAGGUUUGUAGUGGUCUAUUGAUGCCUUCAGCUUCUUGGUUGGGAAGGUGAAGCAUCUGCUGACUCUUUAAUGAUUUUAAAAAUGUCACUUUAUUUUUUUUCUCUGCUAUGCAAUUCAUUUUUUGACAAUCCUUAGCUAGAUAGCAGACAACAUUUUUUCCAUGAGUACAGCAUGCUAACACUCUCAGCUAGUACCUUUUCACUCUCUGCUAAUAGCUUCUUGCAUAUGACAUCAUACAUUGGUGCAUUGUCCAGAUGGAGGGCAGGCACCCUGAAGGAAGAGACAGCCAACACUGCACAAAUGCUCAUGAUUGUUUACGGCUGUUCCAGUUGACCAUAUUGGGAAAAAACAAAGGCCACCUUAAACUUUAAAUUGUAUGGCAUAAAGGGGAGAAAUAAAAGAUUAAAAUAAAGAAAAAUCUCACUGAAAAAUAGCGGCACAUGUGGAUCAAAAGCCUCCAUUUUCAGUCUGGAUGGGCAGAGUAGACUAACAUCAAACAUAAACAGUAAAGCAUCUCUAGAGCACAAA